AUGGCGCUCUACAUCCUCCUCGCCGCCACGGCCGGUCUGGCCACCGCCCGCGACAUCACCUUCCCAUCUCUCUCAGGCAUCCAGGAACAGCCACUAGGACAACAACACUCCACGAAUUUCGGCUCCGACUACGACAUCUCCGACUCCCCAUUCGCAGGCCUCUCCACCUUCGCCAACUUACCCUACGUCCACUGCCUAAGCUCCCGCCCCGACUCCGACAUCCCAGCCUACGACAUCGCCAUCGUAGGAGCACCCUUCGACACAGGCGUCACCGCCCGUCCAGGAGCCCGCUACGGACCCGGUGGGAUCCGCGCCGGCUCGCGAAGAAUAUCCUCCCAAUUCUCGUAUUCCGUCUACACCGGCCGCAACUACUUCACCGAAUGGGCCAAAGUGGUAGACUGCGGCGACGCACCCCUCACUUUCCUCGACAACACGGUCGCGUUGAAACAACUAGAUAAGACGCACCGUGUCAUCUCCAGCCGCUCAUCAGCCAACGGUUCUGCCUUUCCCGUACCCCGGAUCAUUACUUUAGGAGGCGACCACACCACCACCCUCCCCGCCUUACGAUCCACCUUUGCCCAUUUCGGCCCCGUAAGUGUGAUUCACUUCGACUCGCACCUGGAUACCUGGGACCCUUCCGUGCUAGGCGGUGGACUAAGCCACUACGCCGGCGUCAACCACGGGACUUUCCUGCACAUCGCGCAUGAAGAGGGACUGGUGUUGAAUAGUAGCUGGCACGCCGGCAUCCGCGGUCCGGUGUCCAAUCCCAAGUACGAUUUACAACAUGAUAAGGCCUGCGGGUUCCAAAUCGUUACAGCGAGGGAUUUGGAUCGGAUGGGUAUGCAGGGCGUGAUUGAGAGGUUGAGGCGGGGGGUUAAGGGGACGAAGGUGUAUAUAUCCGUUGACAUUGAUGUUUUGGAUCCGGCGUUUGCUCCAGCGACGGGGACGGCGGAGCCCGGGGGUUGGACGACGAGGGAGUUGUUGACGAUUUUGGAUGGGUUGGGUGGGGUGGCGGUUGUUGGGGCGGAUGUUGUUGAGGUUGCGCCGAUCUACGAUAAUCCCGGUGAGACGACGACGUUGGCUGCGGCCGAGGUGGUGCACUCGCUUGUUGGGUUGAUGGUUGAUACGCCUGUCAAGGGUAAGGUGACUUCGUGA